UAUCGCACCACUGUUUUUUCUUUUACAGAACUACAACGUGAGGCUCUGGUUUGGGGUGCCUGAUCUUUGCAAAACCCUAAUUUACCAAGAGCCAUUGGAGCUCUCAAUUAUUUAGGACGGCAACUUCACUCUGCUCUUGAAGCUUCACAGCUGUGGUUUUUCUGCACCAUAUAUCCACGCUAUAUUGGGUCUGUUUAUGUGGAGUCACUGAAGGGUGAGAAGGGGAGGAGGAGUAAAUGGCUGUCUCUUUAUCUUUAUGUUGUUCACAUCUAGUGCUUCAUGCACUGAGGAAUUGUGAUCCAUUGCAUCUUAAAUUGCAUCCCACCUUACUGAUAAAGCCAUCAAAUGUGUAUGGUCUUCUAAAGAAAAUAAACCAUGGAUCUUCAAGCCAAGUGGGCAAAAAGGCUCUCAUGUUUAGAGUAAUGGCAGCCACUGAAGGUUCAGCGAAACCAAGUCAGACAGAUGAAACAAUCCCAUCUUGGGCAAGGCCUGAUUCGGAUGAGCCUCCUCCUUGGGCUCGUGAUGAUGGAAAAGCUGAUGGUUCUCAAUCCCCUUUUGAGAUUCCCUUUUAUGCCUAUCUUCUUGCCUCUGCCAUAACUGCCAUUGCAGCGAUUGGUUCUGUCUUUGAAUAUGCUAAUCAAAGGCCUGUUUUUGGAGUAAUCAAUUCAGAUAGCAUAUUUUAUGCUCCUCUGCUAGGAUUCUUCGCCAUUACUGGUGUACCCACUUCUGCUUUUUUGUGGUUCAAAUCCGUGCAAGCUGCCAACAAAGCAUCUGAGGAGCAGGAUCGGCGAGAUGGUUACCUAAAAUAACUGGGCCAGCCCCUCCCAUCGCCGGUCUUAUUUACAACCUCAAACUUUAAAGAUGGAACCACUUCACCUUGGUAAUCAACCUCAAAAGAAAAUAUAAAUAAUGAUCGAACAGCCUUAUAUAGAGCUAAAAAAGAUCAUCAUCAUUGGAGUUUUAUGCCACUAUUUGAGAUAUAAAUCUGAAGAAGAUACCAUCUAUUAUCAAAGUUUUUUUCCUAAGGGAUUGUAUAUUAUGAG